AUGCCACGAAUGUCCUGUCUCUUGAUAUUGGCAGUGGCCACAGUGCUGCUUGACAAGCCAACGUAUGGAUUCCUUGGCAACCACCUUUUGUUUGGCUCCUUGAAAAAGAACAAGCUCCAACAAACGCUUUUUCGUUCCACAACCAGUCCAUCCCCUCCUUCGGUACAACACCAAAAAGACGAUGAUGAUGAUGAGGAUACAGCAGCUCAUCUCCUUCGAUCCGUGACAAUCUGCAACAUUCCAAGAGAUCAAGAACCAGAAUUACUCUGUGACUUUCUGAUGGAGAUUGGCGCCUGUUCCACGGCCAUUACCGACUCGGAUCGAGGCACCGAUCGAGAACAACCACUCUUUGGAGAGCCCUUGAGCAAUAGAGAUCCCUGGCAGGACAGUUUGCAGUGGGCCGCGCCUAUUUGGAAUCGAUGCAAUGUCACGGCUCAUUUUCCCUCCAGUAUUGAUCUACAGGGAAUUGUAGAACUGAUUGCAGACGUCUUUCCGGACCAAUAUCCUCUUCAGGAAUAUGCCGUCGAUCAAGUGCCGAAUCGAGAUUGGGUGGUCCAUGUACAACAAUCUUGGAAACCCAUUCUGAUUGGGCCCUAUGUACUCCGAUUUCCAUGGCAUUCUCGACAGGAUGUAGAUCAAGCUAUUCAGGACAACAAUAAUCCAGACAACCACAACAAAAACAACGAUAAGCGAGUAGAACUUCUAUUGCAAGGUGGCAUUGCCUUUGGGACGGGAGAGCAUCCAACCACACAACUAUGUAUGGAAUGGAUUCACCAUCAAGUCGACAAAUUGUUGCAGUCGUCGUCAUCAUCAUCAUCAGCAGCAGCACAACAACAACCAAUCACCAUUAUGGACUAUGGAGCUGGCUCGGGAAUUUUGGGCAUGGCGGCUUGUGCAUUGGAUCGCCAACGAGUCAGGGCCAUUGGCGUGGACAUUGACGUGGAUGCCAUUCACAUUGCCAAUGCCAAUGCAGCUAUCAAUGGCGUCAACAUGCAAUCCUAUUUACCACCACUCGUGGAAACUGCUGACGAUGAAUCCAAAAGCCUCCUCUUGAAGGCCCAUGCACAUGCCCAAAAACAGCUGCAGGGCGAUGAUGAUGAUGAUGAUUCCAGCAGUGAUGCAUGUAGUAAUCUAGUCUUGUCCAAAGACCUUGGAAAAGCCGUCUACGACAUGGCCGUGGCCAACAUCUUGGCGGGUCCCCUGGUGGCACUAUCCUCCACAAUUGCCUCCUUGGUUCGUCCAGGGGGGCAACUGGCCAUGAGUGGAAUUUUGACACAGCAAGCCGACAUGGUGGUGGAUGCCUAUAAAGAGUACUUUGAAGACGUCAAGGUGGAACGGGAACUAGAUGGUUGGAUUCUUGUCACAGGUGUGAGGAAACAACAGUGA